AAACAGGACGCCAUUUUGAUUUCAGCCCCUGAUUUGUAUUGGAUUGCAGCACAGAAGCAGAGGAGGAGCAGGAAGAAGCGCAGGCGCCAUCUUAGGUUCGAGACGUGUUUUUUUUGUCCUCACCGUGUUCGGAAGCGCUUUUAGCUAAUAUAACUCUGAAUAUGUCUAGCGGUGGAGUGAUCCGAGGUCCUGCGGGAAACAACGACUGUCGGAUUUACGUGGGGAAUCUGCCUCCCGACAUCCGCACCAAAGACGUCGAGGAUGUGUUUUACAAAUACGGAGCGAUCCGUGAUAUCGACCUGAAAAACAGAAGAGGAGGACCACCUUUCGCUUUUGUCGAGUUUGAGGACCCCAGAGAUGCAGAAGAUGCUGUGUAUGGAAGAGAUGGCUAUGACUACGAUGGCUAUCGUUUGAGGGUGGAGUUCCCCAGGAGUGGCAGAGGUGGGGGACGAGGUGGAGCUGGGGCUCCCAGAGGCAGAUAUGGCCCUCCGUCCCGGCGUUCAGAGUACAGGGUCAUAGUUUCAGGACUCCCUCCUAGUGGAAGCUGGCAGGACCUUAAGGAUCACAUGCGUGAAGCAGGUGAUGUAUGUUACGCUGAUGUUUUCCGAGAUGGCACCGGUGUUGUGGAGUUUGUGCGCAAAGAAGACAUGACCUACGCAGUGCGAAAGCUGGAUAACACUAAGUUCCGGUCCCACGAGGGCGAGACAGCUUACAUCCGCGUAAAGGUGGACGGCCCACGGAGCCCAAGCUACGGGCGCUCACGCUCUCGUAGCCGCAGCAGAAGCCGAAGCCGGAGCAACAGCCGUAGCCGCAGCUACUCGCCACGCCGCAGCAGAGGAUCCCCGCGUUACUCGCCCCGUCACAGCCGCUCUCGCUCCCGCACUUAAACUCCCACAAUACAGCUAGCUCUCCAACCACAACCACACACACCCCUGCGUCGCCCACCCCCACCGGACCCACGCUUUGUACUUCAUCACCAUCUUGACUUGCUUCGCCUACUCGUGGCCCGAGUCGACUUCUUCAUUGGUUUGCAGCGGAAUUUCCAGAAAUGAGUCUUUUCAUUUUAAUCAUUUAGCUAACCAGAUCAAAUGAAAUGUAGCUAAGUGGAUGUUCCCGUUUGUCUUCCUCCUCCCUCAUCUUAAAAAAAACAAAAAAAAAACCAAACACACAUACACACACACAACAGAAAACCCCCACCCUUCCUAGUGUUCCAUCCUGUCUUAUCCUUUCCCCUCUCAUCCCUUGUGUCUUUUGUUCUGCAUCCAUAUUUUAACUGGUGUUUCAUACCCCAUUGUUUGUACAUGUGUAAGACAAGGUAGAUAUCCGAAUGCUAUGAAAGAAAUGUCUUGGUUUUUGAGAAAUUGGCAACUAUUUUUGUUAGUAAUAGGGUUUUGGGGUGGGGUCAGUUGGGUUUUAAUUUUGCUGGUUAGGAUUUUUUGUUGCAAAACUGUUCUAUUUUUACCUUUUCAUGUGUCUUUCUAUAGACAACAGAGGAGCAGGAUUAAAGAAUGCUUUGGAAUAAAGGAUUGUCAAGCACAGUUCAUUCAUAUUAGGAUAAAGCGUUUUUGGAGGAGGAGGAGCAGGCAUUUCAAUUUUGGCAAUGGUAUGAUGACAAGCGUCUUUAGUCACCUUCAAACAAAUUGCAGGUUUUUUGUUUUUGUUUUUUCUCCCCUCAGACUUUCAGUAACUUGAAUUUUCUUAGUGAAGUAACACAUUCGUUUUUGCUUUGCCAUUUUUACCCUCCCUUUAUAGUUCCCUCUCCCUUUUUAUUUGUCCUUUUCUUCAUUGGCCUUUAGUGCCAAGCAUGCAUGUGUUCUGUCUUAAUGCCAUGCUCGUGCAUACAUCAAUUUUUUUUUUUUUAUGUUUAUUUGUUUUUAUUUUUUUUUUGCUUGUCCCAAAUAUAAAACAUUUUGUCAUGUAAAGUGGACGUGCCUGGACUGUGCCGUUCUAGAGCAACCACAGAAACAUCUCAGGAGAUACUGAUGGAAGAAGGUUUGCCUUGUGCACUUGUAUCAAUGUAAAUUGCAAAUCCAUUAAGAAAAUAUUGCUUUCUGUUGUUGUUGCUGUCUGUGACGAUGGUACAAUGUAACGUUAAUAUGGUGUUUUAAAGGUUAUGUUCAUGUCAUAGUUAAGUAAUGAUUUAUGCUUUGGAACAAAAAACAACAACAAAAAAAAAUUUACACCGCUCCUAUAAUAAUCUCUUAGAAGCUUUUGACAUAGCUGUGAUUUCUAACUUGAUCCCUCUUUUUGAUUUUGCUGGUAUUCAAAGGUUUGGAUUGGAGGAGGGACACACUGUCUCCCGAUCCUUGGAGCCGGAUCAUUGGAUCAGUUCAGGAUCAGGAGCAGGAUUAGGAUUAGGAUAAGGAUGGAUACAUACAUGGAGCAGGAUCAAUUUACCGGGAGCGGGAACCGUAGGAGAGGAUCCCAACCCCCUCACCAAACCGCACUUAACGAAGAUAAACAAACAAACAAAAAAAAGCAGAAAACAUUUCAAUUGGCUUUUCUAGAACUAAAUUUAUUUUUUUAUUUUUUUUUCUCCCCCUUUUUUUGUUUUUGCGGAGCCAGACCAAAGAGGCGCACACUGAAGGGAUCCUGCGGUUGUUUUUCUUUUAUGAGAUGAGUUUUUGGUAUAAAGUGGAGCAGAGCCAGGAACCGGGAGGCUGGAUCAGUUGCUUUGGAUGGAAUCCACAUGAAGGAGUUGGGUAAAUAGAGGGAUUUAAGGUUUUGGGAGGGUGGGCUGGGAGGUUCAUAAUGAAGGGGGAUUUUGUAGUUUAUUUAGGGAUUCAAAUAUACAAAAUGCUUCUGCAUUAUUUUUUUGUGUGUUCGAAUUGGUGGGAUUUUCUGAAUUGGCUACUUCAGAUUUCUAGUUUGUAGUGUUAAUAUUCUUUUUUUUCUUCUUCUCUCUUUCAAUAAAGUUUGGAAAUCCA